ACUGGUACUUCCACGAGACAAGGGAUGGAGACGGGGGGAAGCCUGGAGAGACCUGAUCAGGGCGCUGGGCAUGAGGCUACUGAGCCGCAGAAGAGCUGUGCUGGGGACAGUCCGGGGGGACGUGCUGGCCAGGGCAGCGGGGAUGGGUGCUCACAUCCAGCUGCACAGGGACAGGAGGCUGCGGCUCCCCCUCUGCAUUUCCCAUGGAGGGGGGGACAGGGUGCCCAUGCAGGAGCACUGCCCCCAGCCUGGGGGCACGUUUGGGGCUCAGGGGGUCCCUGCGCAGGGCUGAGCCACCCCUCGAGAGGCAGAUCCCCUGCUGGGUGGUGACCUGCCUGGCCAGAGAAGCUGGGCAGUGUGGCAGCGGAGAGGCAGAAGUGCACCCCGCCAUGGGGGCCAUGUCAGGGGCAGAAAGGGGAGCCCAUGGGGCAGAGGAAGGAGCAGGGGCAGGAGUGCAGCAGCAGGACUCAGAGAACAGUGCACAGCAGUGCUCUGGAUGACAGGGGCAGCAGGAAGUCAGCUGAGACCAGAUGAAACAAGAAAUCUCACGCCCUCGCUAAACCUCCAGCAGCAACGGGUUUGGUACCCCAGGCACAAGAGGAAGAAAAGCCCCAGAGACACAACGAAGAAGGAGCGUGAGGGGCAGGAGGGCUGCCCUGACGCGUGGCCCAGGCCAGCCUGCCCAUGUGGCUCCUGCUGCUCGCUUGGAUGCUGCUACCAGGUAGGGCUGAGGGGACCCCAGGGGCUCAAGCCCCACACUGAAAUGGCCCCAUGGGGCAGGAGGCGUCGAUGUGGUGGCAGCAGCACUCCGACAGCUCUGUGUGUCUCCGCAGGCUGCUGGGCGGUGACGGGGCCCGGCACCGUGCGGGGAUCCCUGGGGGGAUCCGUCUCGGUGAACUGCACGUACAAGCCCGGCAAGGAGUUGAAGCCGAAAUUCUGGUGCCAUCCGGGAACCAUUUACACCUGUGUUACUGACAUCGUCAUCACCUCGGAGCCGGAGCCCGAGGUGCGGGGGGGCCGAUUCUCCAUCCGGGACAAUCGCGCACAGCGAGUGUUCACAGUGACUGUGGAGGGUCUGAAAAAGUCGGACGCGGGCACCUACCGCUGCGGGGUGCGAAAUAGCAAAUUGUUGCCUGACGACAGUGCCGACGUGGAGGUGAUCGUGUCCCCAGGUCAGUCCCUGCACGUAUUUCCCCCCCCGCACAGCACCAGCACCCGCCGCAUCUGUCCCCGCUCCGCAGGUGCAUCCCCGACGCUCAGCCCGGCCCCCGUCCUCCCUCCGACCACCCCCCGGCCGCCCACCGCGGGGACGGACGCUCCGCGGAGGAACCCCGGCGCCGUCAGCGUCUUCCCGGUGCUGGCCGGGCUGCAGGUGCUGGUGCUGCUGGCCGCGAGUGCCGCCGUGCUCUGGGUCAGCCUGCGGGGCGGCUGAGCCCCCGGCGGGGACCCCGCGGCCGCAGCCGGUGCCGCUUCGCCCCGGGACGCCCCGGCCCCGACGGCGCGGACGGAGGCGGGGGUGGUGGGCGGCACCGGGGCCCCGCUGGCCCCUUCCCGCCGCCGCCGGCGGCUGCAAUAA